ACUAUAAGAAAGCCCUGACUCCGCUCCUCUCAUCUCUCUCCCACUCUCUCUUGCGCUCUGAUGGAACCUGCAGUGGUAGCUCUCUUCGUGUGCAGGUCCCUGGUGUGUGUGUUAGGAAUCUUAGGGAAUGUUGCUCUGCUGGUGUCCCUGCUGAAGCAGUCCAGCUUCAAGACCUUUGAGAUCUUCCUGGCGGGCAUGGCUUCUUCUAACCUGGUGGAAAGCUUCCUGGUGGAUGUGCCAGACCUCAUCACCGAGCUGGCUGGGCUGAGGCUGGAGCGCUGGUUCUGCAAUGUUUUGAAGCUCAUGUCUGGCGUGGGGGAGACCGGCAGCAUCCUCUUCACCCUGCUCAUCUGCGUCUUCCGUUACCAGAAGCUGAGGGACGCGGCCACGCGGGUCAACCUGCCCACCGUGCUGGAUCGGGUCAGGAACGCCUGGCUCCUGAGCGCGGUCAGCUGGAUCGUGGCGUUCUCCUUCAGCCUGCCCGCCAUCCUCAUGGAGCUGCCCAAGGAGGAUGAGUUUGUCUCUUACGGCCAGGGAAAUGAGACCGACUCCCGUGCAUGCUCCUCGGACCUCUUCGACUGCCCCCUGCUGAACUGCUCGCUCGGACGCCAGGUCUACAAGUUGGCUUACAUGCUCCUGCUCAACGGCCUACCCCUUAUCAUCAUCCUGGUCUGCAGCUUCCUCAUGGUGAAAGUUCUGUACCACAACCACAAGGCCCUAUCGGACCAGCCCCCUGCCCCCGGCCCUGAGCCCCGGCCUGGGCGCCCCGGCAGGCAGGCUGCUUUCCAGAGGAGCACCCAGGCCGUGCUGGCGGCCCUCUUCAUCUUCCAGCUGGCCUGGAUCUUGCACCUGGUGUUCCAAUUUGCACUGGACUCCCAGAAGUUCCCCUACUGGUCCCAGGCGGAUUUCUUCCUCUCUGCCUCCUACUCCACCACCAGCCCCUACAUCUACGCCAUCGGAAACAACCUCUUCAGACUCAAGAGCUGCUUUUAACCUUUCUUUCCUUCUUUCUUUCUUCCUUCCUUUCUUCCUUCUUCUUUCCUUCUUCCUUCCUUUCUUC